GCCUCAAGGUCAAAAUAGUUAAAGGGUUUCCAUAUGCAAGGUAUUGUAAACUGAUAAUGUUCAAUAAUGCUGGCCCCUCUGAUGCAAAUAGUCAACCCUUCUUUAAAAUCACUUAACAUUUAAUGAAAAGCAGAACCACCGGGCUUCCUAGAAAUGCUAAAACACACUUCACAAUUUUUUUCGUAUAGAGGUUUCCCUUUAAAGAAUGCAGACUGUCCUCAAUGUGUUAUUCCUCUGAUCUGUAGCCAGCAAGGCAACAGAAAACUCAACAUGAAAUGCAGUUUCAAUGGAACUCUGCUGAUCAGUGUGCUCCCUCCACUGUUGGUGACAGAAUUUGUUUUGGGAGUCCUUGGAAAUGGUUUGGCUCUCUGGAUCUUCUGCUUCCACCUGAAGCCCUGGAAGAGCAGCACGGUGUUACUUUUUAACCUGGCAAUGGCUGACUUUCUGCUCAUCAUGGCUUUGCCUUUCCGUGCCAGCUACUACAUCUCUGAGAUCGAGUGGAAGUUUGGAGGCGCUCUCUGCAACACCUGCCUCUUCAUGUUGGCAAUGAACCGCAGUGGAAGUACCCUCUUCUUGAUGGCUAUCGCUGUGGAUAGGUACAUGCGUGUGGUGCAUCCCCAUCAUCCCAUCAACUCUCUGAGUAUCUCCAAAGCCAUGUGUGGAGCACUUGCACUAUGGUUGCUCACCAUCUCAAUGUCAGCUCAUGUCUUCACUCUGCAACACAACAACACAACCUACUGUGAGAGCUUCAUGAUUGAGACUGAAGCCAACAGUAAUCUGAGCUGGCAUAAGUUUGCAUUCGUCUUUUCCUUCUAUAUGCCUCUGCUUGUGAUUCUCUACUGCACAUUCCAAAUUAUUGGCCACCUGAGAAGGAGACAGUUGGCCCAGCAUGCAAAGAUUAAGAAGGCUCUGUGCUUCAUCACAGUAGUGGCGGUGCUCUUCAUCAUUUGCUUCCUCCCUAGCAACAUCACACAGCUGCUGAUUUGGAUCAAGUUCCAACAAGUAGCCAGCCACUCUGUCUGCCAUGCACUGGAAGACCUGACCACCACGUUUUACAUCACCAUUAGCCUGACCUAUCUCAACAGCGUGCUGGACCCUGUGGUUUACUACUUCUCCAGCCCUAUCUUCAAGAACAUCUGCAGGAAAGCUCUUCAUCUGUCCCAAGCAGACACUGCUGAAAGUGCAGAGAAGAAAACUCGAGAAACAGGCUCCCAGUCGCUCAGCCAGCUGUGAUCUCAAAAUCUAGGAAAUCAUUGAGAUAGAUGCAGCUUGAUUUAAAGUGACACGUUUCUUUCAAAGUUGUCAUGUAAGUGCAAACGAUUGUUAUAUUUUUUUGCCACAUAUAUGCUCAUUGUAAAGUCAUGAAAUAAUUUAUGUAGCCUACUUAAUAUUUAGUAUGACUUAUACAGACACCAGCUGGAAUCAGAGAAUUUGAACUUUUUCAUAAAAAAUGACUUAAAAUGUUUUUUUAUUAUCAAAAUAGUUGACGAUUAAUUUAAUAGUUGACAACUAAUCGAUUAAUCUUUGUAGCUCUAAAUACAAGAAUACAAGUUAUAGUGCAGUGUAAGAAAUGAGCAAUUACUUAAAAAAGGCAGCAUAAAAAAGAAAUGAUCAGAAUCAGUCUUAUUAAUGAGAUAUAUUUUUUCCAACUUUUUUUAAUUUAAAUUUUAACAAUAAAUGACAUACAACAUAGGCCAAAGUGAACAAAGCAUAGUUAAAACAGCAUGUCACUUCCCCUCCAGUCCCCUACCCACCCGAAAACCAACCCAGUUCAGGUCCAAAACAGACGGGGACAAACAACACAGACCCAUGCACACUGACAGACACACACAAGUAAGGACACACAACAUCCUAUUAAUGAGAUACAUAAAGGUAAAAUUUAAAAAAAGAAGUGUUUUUUAACCAUGUUUCCCUGGAUUACUUCAUUUGACUUCCACCUACCAUGAAGUGCACACACUUAUACAUACACACAAUACAUAGAAGUCACUAUAAGAAUUGAUAACCAAAAUAAAUCAAGGAUUCAUAUUUAAAUAGUUGCAUUCUGCGAUAACAGUAAUGCGAUUUGUCACAAUAACGCAAUAUAACACAAGCAUAUUUAAUUCAAAUGUGAAGUAGUCUGGUCAAACGGCCUUCUAUCUUACACAUCCAAUACAAAACAAAACAUGAGUUGGUGAGAAUAUACUGUAUGUUAUGGAAUUUCGAUGUUUGCUUAUGUUCUGCUAAUUACUCAUGUGGAAGUCAUAUUACCUGCACAUCUUUUUUUUAAUCUUUCAUUUCUAUUUGCACUUUGCAAUCUGUUCUACUUCGACUACUUAUCAUUACAGUUUUUGUUGUUGUUCUUGAUCUGUCUGUAUCUUGUUAUUGUCGCCCCCCCCUUUACACUUAACUUGUAAAUAUUUAGAAUAUUUUAAGUAUUUUGUCUUUAUCUUAUUAUUUUUAAAACCCUUGUUUUUGUUUUGUUCAUUUUCUGUACUUGUAUAAGGUCUGAGAGAAAUCCUCUAUGUCCUGUACAUAUGCCAGAAUUGACAAUAAAGUUGGCUUUGGCUUAUGUGGCCUUAUUAAAACUAGUUUUCUUCUUA